AUGAUCAACACUAGAAAUCCUUCCCUUGGAGCCACAUUACCUGAUUUAUUCAAGCAGUUGACAUGCCUCAGGUCAUUGAAUUUGUCAAGUUCUUCAAUCCAAGAACUACCAUGUGAGGUGGUGAAAUUAAUACAUUUGAGAUACCUCGAUUUGGCAUAUUGCGAGGAAUUGAAGUCACUGCCUGAAACUAUAUGUAAUUUAUGCAACCUGCAGUCCCUAAACGUUUCUUGUUGCUCUCUCAAGGAAUUACCCCAGGCAAUCGGUAAAAUUACCAAAUUGAGGCAUCUGGAGAUCGAGGGUUCAGAAGUAGCCUUCAUACCCAAGGGAAUAAAGAGGUUAAGUUCUCUUCGAACAUUAGAUUGUUUCACUGUGUGUGGUGGUGGUGAGAAUGAAAGUAAAGCAGCCAAUCUUGGAGAAUUAAAAAACUUAAACCACCUUAGAGGGACUCUUUCGAUAGAGAAACUAGGAAAUAUAGUAGAUUUGGGUGAAGCUGAGAAAGCAGAACUGAAGAAUAAGAAGCACUUGCAUCGUUUGGGAUUGUGGUUUGAUGGGGAGAGAACAGAGUCACAAGGAAAUGAGGAUGCUUUAAUUGAAGCUUUACAGCCACCAUCAGACUUGGAAAUUCUAAACAUAGUUUAUUACAACGGAAUCUUUUUGCCCAAUUGGAUGACGUCAUUAACCAGAUUAACAGAGCUUCAACUCCAAAAUUGUGGAAACCUUGAGGUUUUGCCUCCUCUGGGAAGAUUGCCCAACCUUGAAAACCUACAUUUAAGAUUUCUGAAUCUGAGAAGUUUGGAUGUUGGAUUCUUAGGUUUAGAAAAUGUUGACAAUGAAGGAGAAAUUGCAAGGGUCACUGCUUUCCCCAAGUUGAAAAAACUCGUAAUUAGGUCUCUGAAAGAACUAGAAGAUUGGGAUGGGAUUGAAAGUAGAGUAGGAGAAAAAGAUGCUACAACUUCAACUAUAAUGCCACAACUUCAAUACUUGCAAGUUUCUAGCUGCCCAACGUUGAGGGCAUUGCCGAAUUAUGUUUUGACAACAUCGCUUCAGACAUUGAAGAUCGAAUAUUGCCCCAUUCUAAGAAAUCGUUACAAGAAGGAGGAGAUGGGUGACGAGUGGCACAAGACUUCUCACAUUCCAAACAUUUAUAUUUACGGAUAG